UCCAUCACGGAUGUUUAUUUGAGCACAAGGAUCGAUGGCCAUGAAGCAGUGUUCGUCUUUUUUUUCUUCACACCUUGUUGCAGCUGCUACACCUGCGACCAGGAGCGGGUUAAUGCUGCCUGUGUGUUUGACAGCAGGACAGAGGGAGGAAAGGGAAGCUUAAAUGAGUGAGAGGCAGGGGGCAGAGAGGAAGAGGAGGAGGAGUGACAGAAUGAUAGAGUGAAUUAAUUCAACCUUAGCCAGCCCUGAUUGACUCGGUCACAAACUGGCAUGUACAAACACUCAGAGUGAUAGCAGAGACAUGGAGGGAGAAAAGAGGAAUGACACGUCCUUCUCCAGGAAGAGAAGUUUCACUUUCGGGGCAUAUGGAGGUGUAGACAACUUCACAUGCGAUGACGAGGCCAGACCUGAAUCUGUAGAGGAAAACAUCCUGGGCAUCCUGGACUCUCCUGCAGCAGAAAGCAAGCCUUUCCUCUCUGCCAGCAGCAACCAGAGGGACACUGAGCUGUUUGAAAUCAUCGAAAAGCUGCAGGGCAGCAGAAUCGAUGAGCAGCGGUGUGAGUUCCCUCUUCCUCUGAAGUCUCCAAUUUUAACAAUAGGUGGAGACCUGCCGCUCAUCCUGCCUUCAGAGUCAGGGGGUUACUGGAUAGACCCCCCACUGGAGAAGCUUGCAGAUGCGAGUCCCACCUCAUCCCACUCAGGCCCUGAUCCAGAGAGCUAUGACAUCAUGGAGAGAGACGCAGAGGCCAGAAUCUACCAUGAGUUCUUCCGCUCACGAUAUCAUCACUCAUUCACAGCAGUGGAUCCAGCUCUGGGGCCUCUGGUUCUGUCUGUGUGUUUGGAGGAAGAGGAGAACAAGCUGCGGGUUAUACUGAGGAUGAAGGAGUGCUCUCUACAUGGAGUUUUCUCUGUCUCUCUUUUCCCCAACAUCCCAUCUGCUGUGGAAUUAGCAAAGAUGCUCUGCGACAGAGUGACUGUCUCAAAGUUUGAAGUGGUCGGCUACCUCAAGGCUCCAGAUCUCAUAACUGCAUUUGACGAACAUCGAGUGUCUCAGAAUUUCAAGUUUGGCAUUUUGUACCAAAAGGAGGGACAGUUAACUGAAGAGGACAUACUGUGUAACAACGAGGAGAGUGACCAGUUCAAAGACUUCCUCUCUAUUCUUGGAGAGACGAUUCAGCUGCAAGGCUUUACCAGAUUUAGAGGAGGACUGGACGUGUGUCACGGUCAGACGGGAAGUGAAGCCGUCUACACUUCCUUUCAUGGAAGAGAAAUCAUGUUUCAUGUCGCAACUAAGCUGCCAUUCACCGAGGGUGACCCACAGCAGUUACAAAGGAAAAGACACAUCGGGAAUGACAUUGUAGCUUUGGUCUACCAGCAGGGCCAGACUCCCUUUCUGUCUGAUGUUAUCAAGUCUCACUUCCUGCACUGUUUCGUGGUGGUCCGCAGGAUUCAGAGGGAGGAGGAGACAGAAGAAACUGCUUACCAGGUGUCGGUCACAGCCAGAGAGGAUGUUCCUCCCUUUGGUCCGGUCCUCCCUGAUCCUCCCAUCUUCACAGAUCAAUCCCUGCUGAGAGAAUUCCUUCUGACCAAACUCAUCAAUGCAGAGAUUUCCUGCUACAAAGCUCAACGCUUCAGCCGACUGGAGCUUCGCACCCGUUCGUCACUCCUGGAAAGCUUACAGACCGAACUCUCUACUCGUUCCCACUGCAUGAUGGGAGAUCCAUCACUGUCUGCUCUCCCAUCUUCUGAGGGCGUGCGAGGAUUGACUGAGGGGAGUGGAGGAUUCAUUGAGAACUUUAAGAGAGCCAUUAGAGUGCGGAGCCACUCCUUUGAGACUCUCGGGGUUCCCAGAAAGAAUGCCGUCAGUGCAUCACAGAGGCCAAAGACAGAGAAAGAUGGAGACAGUGACAAAUCUCCAGGACCUCUACCUGCGUUGUCUGACACUUCAGGAGCAGCUGAACCCAAAGAGCAAACUAGUCCUCAAGAGGAGACAUAAAAGAAAACUCUAUUUUAUAGAUUUUAGAGGUUAAUAUACUUAAAGACAUUCCUAACCUAUAUGGAAACUUCAUUAUUAUCCCUGUCGAUGGGUUUAAUGUAAAGAGAACAUAAAAGUAAAGAGUAUUUCUCAGAGUAUAAUUAUUUUACUGUCAUAGCAUUGAUAUUAUUUACAUAAAUGAGGAUCUGUAAAAUGUCUUUUUGUGAAAUAUAAAACUGCCAGGAAAGAUUCAAAUGUUUACACCUUUGUGUUUUUAACCAAUAAAAUACUGCUUUAUUAAGGAAAUAAAGAGAGAAAAUAGAGUUUUGAAGAAGCGAUGAGAGUUGAUUUAAAAUGAGCACAUAUGUAGGAAAGUAUUUCUGUAGCUUUGAAAAUGUUUU